AUGAAGGUCGAGCUCUGUAACUUUUCCGGUCAGAAGAUCUACCCCUCGAAGGGUAAGAUCUACGUCAGGGGUGACUCCAAGGUCUUCAGGUUCAUCAACGCCAAGUCCGAGUCCCUCUUCCUCCAGAGGAAGAACCCCCGAAAGAUCGCCUGGACCGUUGUGUACCGACGUAUGCACAAGAAGGGAAUCACCGAGGAGGUUGCCAAGAAGAGGAGCAGGAAGACCGUCAAGCACCAGCGAGGAAUUGUCGGUGCCGACCUCGCUUCCAUCUUGGCCAAGCGAAACGCCAAGCCUGAGGUCCGAAACGCUGCCCGACAGGCCGCUAUCACCAAGGCCAAGGAGGCCAAGAAGGAGAAGGAGACCAACAAGAAGGCCAACAAGCCCACCGGAGGUGCUACCGCCCCCAAGGUCUCCAAGCAGCAGAUGAAGGGAGGCAAGACCGGUGGUCGUUAA